AUUGCAACACAUUCCCAAAACGCAAUUGCUUGUGACGCACAUUCCACUACCUUACCCCUUUUGGCUCUCUUACAAGUCGUGAAUAAAUUGGAUGCAUUUGGCCGCCGAUUCAUCUCUGGUUCUAUUCUGAAAUUAAGCUUCACAGAAAUUAAGAUGGGAGUGAUCGCUUAUCUAGACAACGUUUUGGUUCCCAUGAGCCUCUUUCUCACAGUUGGUUACCAUGCCUAUCUAUGGCACAACCUCAAGAACAAGCCCUCUCGUACCACAAUUGGGAUCAAUAUGCUGAAGAGGAGAGCUUGGUUCCUAGAGCUAGAUGGGGGUGAUGAUAAGAAAGGCAUGUUAGCAGUCCAAAGCUUGAGAAAUACUCUUAUGGGGACAACACUCACAGCCACAGUAGCAAUUCUUAUUCAAGUCUCGCUGGCAGCUCUAAUAAACAAUUCCUAUAGUGCAACGCACCUCUUCAGCAAUACCUUUUUUGGGUCACAAUCCACCAAGAUUUUUGCCUUAAAAUAUGGCUCCGCAGCUUUGUCUUUGUCAGUUUGCUUCUUGUGCAGCUCCAUGGCGAUUGCGUUUUUGAUCGAUGCCAACUUCUUGAUCAAUGCUUGUGAUCAGGAGUUCUCAUCUUCUGGACACGCAAGAACCAUACUUGAGAAAGGGUUUAUUUUGGCUCUUGUAAGCAACAGGAUGCUGUGCAUCACUUUUCCUAUGCUGUUGUGGAUGCUUGGUCCUGUCCCGGUUUGGUUGUCAUCUUUGGCGAUGGUUUGGGGGCUUUAUGGGCUGGAUUUUCCUGGCAAGUUCAAUAAAAGCAAUAAGCAAAAUCUCAGUUGAUGACUGAAACGAAAUAUUUAGACUUUGCCUGCAGUAAAUAUUGGAACUUUUGUUUUAGCUU